UUUAAGAAACCCUUUUGAGCGUUUUGGCGGGAGAAAAAUAGGAGAGAGAGAGAUGGGAGGAAGAAGAGAUAUUGAAGAGAAGGCGCUACUUGCAGAUGAAUACAGCGUAUGGAAGAAGAACACACCUUUCCUUUAUGAUCUGGUCAUCUCCCAUGCCCUCGAAUGGCCUUCCCUCACCAUCCAAUGGCUUCCAUUCUCCUCCGUCCAUCGCCUCAUCCUCGGGACUCACACCUCUGACGGUGUCCCCAACUUUCUCAUGAUUGCUGACGUCGACAUGCCCGCUUCCUCUACCACCUACGCUCAGCCUCCCUCAAACCCUAAGGUUCAGAUAUCACAACGGAUCCAUCAUGAUGGAGAAGUUAAUCGGGCCCGGUACAUGCCGCAGUACCCAUCUGUUAUUGCCACCAAGACCAACGGCUCGGAUCUGUUUCUUUUCAACUGCAACAGGCAUCCACCCAAGCCUCAGUCAGGUUCUUGUGACCCUGACCUACGCUUGAAGGGUCACACCAACGAAGGAUAUGGCUUGUCAUGGAGCCCAUUGAAGGAGGGGUUCAUAUUGAGUGGUUCUAAUGACUCUAAGAUAUGCUUGUGGGACAUAAAUACAAUGCCACAAGAUAAAAUGCUCGGGGCAAAGACUAUAUAUGGGGUUCAUGAAGAUGUGGUUGAAGAUGUGUCGUGGCACUUAAUGAAUGAAAAUUUAUUUGGGUCAGUUGGGGAUGAUAAACGCUUGAUGAUAUGGGAUUUGCGCUCGUCCAUGUCUAACAGCCCACAACAUUCAAUUGUAGCUCAUGAGAAAGAGGUGAACUCCCUAUCUUUCAGUCCAUUUAAUGAAUGGUUUUUGGCGACGGCAUCUUCGGAUAAAACUGUCAACUUGUUUGACUUACGAAAGCUGACAACGGCUUUGCACACAUUUACCAGUCACACGGAUGAGGUAUUCCAGGUAGAAUGGAGCCCGAAGAAUGAAACUGUAUUGGCUUCCAGUGCUGCUGAUAGAAGAUUAAUAGUUUGGGAUCUCAACAGGAUUGGGGAUGAGCAGACAGCAGAAGAUGCCGAGGACGGGCCACCCGAGCUUCUAUUUGUUCAUGGGGGUCACACUGCCAAGAUCUCAGAGUUCUCAUGGAACCGUAAUGAGCCAUGGCUCAUCUCAAGUGUUGCGGAGGAUAACAUUCUUCAGGUCUGGCAGAUGGCUGAGAGCAUUUAUCGCGAUGAUCUUGAUGUUGGCACCGAAGGGAGUUAGAUUGUCGAUAUGACCAUUUCAUGCCCUUUACUCCAUGGUUGGUGGGAGCAAAAGUGUGUCUGGAGUUAAAGGCACUGUUUUGGCCUGUGGGCUAGAGUAAGUAGCUGUAUGAACUGCAUGGCAUCCUUAAGAGCUGUGAGUAUAUAUACUCUUGGUUUUAACUCUUCAUCAUGCACUAGAUAUGAUCUUCUUCUU